CUAAUUUACAUUUUGUUUGUGAUUGGAACUUAGUAAAUGAUCUACGAAAAAGAAAACGUAUUGAAAUUGAUUGGUUCAUUUGAGUGAUAAGAUGGCUUUGACUUUACCUUUAUCAUCGAAUGGGGAAUUAUUAUUUUAUACAAACAGUCCUAAUGCAUCUUCUUCCCAUAACAAUAAUAAUGGUCAAUUGAAUUCACAUUUCAAAGGAGGAUUAACAAAAACGACCCCAACAUUAACGCCAACACGAUUAAAGAAUAUUGAAGAACAAUUUUUCGAACACUCAUUAUUACCGCCGAAACCUUUUUUGCAUGAUCAUAUGGCUGGAUUUGUGCCACCAACUGUCAAUAUUAAAUUACAUUUGCAACAACCUCAUCAACAACAACAGCCAAUUGAAUCGGAUUCGAUUUUGAAUGACCAGGAUAGCCAACCAUUAGCACUUCUACAUCAGGAAUCAUCAUCAAAAUCGAUAGAUUAUUUUUCAUCAAAUUCCAUUUCAAACGAUAGUUUCAGUAGUAAUAAUUCUAUUAGUGACGAUUAUAGUAGUGAAACCAAUUCUUCAUGUCAAGCUAGUGUCAAUCAUUUUACUUUCGCCAAUUUCAAACAAAAUCCCAUCACAACAACAACCAACAUGCCAACUAAUCGAAAAUCAUCAAAAUCACGAUCAAAGUCAAAUAAUGCUGUUGGUUCGAAAACACGAUCUAGUCAGAAAAAAUCUACUGGUGGUGGACGCAAACCACAUUCAUCACAAAAUCUAUCUUCGGAUGAAAUUCUUAAACGACAAAAGCGACGGGAACGCAACAAAUUAGCUGCAGCCCGUUGUCGAAAGAAGCGUGUUGAUCAAACCAAUUGUCUGAUUGAUCAAACUAAAGAUUUGCAAAAAAAGCAUGAUGCACUCAUCAAAAAGGUGGAAAAUCGUCUAAAAGAAUUUCAUAGCAAAAAGGACGUUCUCCUCAAUCACGAAUCCCAAUGUCAUAAUAUUGAUAUGCGAAUUGUACAACAAAUAUAUGCACAAAUCGAUUUCGCCGCCAUCAAUUCUGCCAUGGAAACCGUGGCGGACGAGGAUUUAGAUACUGAUCUUAAUACUACUUGUCACACAUCAUCUUCACAGGAUGAAUUUUCUCAACAAACAUUGCCACCGCCGAAAAGAAAACGUCCAAAUUCUUUGGUAUUCCGUCCAAUGGCUCAUCAACAGCAAAACAUCAAACCCGAACCAGGAUUGGCUGAACAGUUACAAUCGAUAAUAGGAACCAAUGAAACCAAUAAUACCAACACACCUUCCAAUGGUUUUAGUUUUGCCGAUUUCGCCGGUCUGGUUGAACCGACUGGUCUAACACCAUUGAAUCCUUCAAUAACGACAGUCGAUUUGACUCCGUCCACAAUGACUGCUUUUCUCAAAUCGUUGGCAUCUCCGAUCGAUGAUCAGAAAAAGUUGCUUUCCAUGUGAUAUUGAUUUGUGAAACAUUUUCUAACUUAAACAUCAAUAACCAGCUAAAAGCUCAAUCACACCACAAUCAUUAUAUACAUUUUCUUUCUUUAUUUUUAUAUAAAUUCAUUGAUCAAAUAAGUCUACCAAUAUCGUCAAUGACCAUUAUACUUUUUAUAAGGAAUCAUUUAUUGUUGGAAACACACAUACUAAAUCAUUUCAUUAUUUAUUUUUGUUAUAAAUCAAAUUCAUUUUUUCUCAAACAA